AUGCUCGUUGCCGAACCAUUUGGUCAGCACUUUGCACAGCUCCUUGCCUGUCCUCGUACUUCCAGAGAAACCCCGGAACCCGAGGGGAGUGAGACAGGGCAUCCCAUUUGGUCUGCUGGGACACGUGUUGCAUUGAGGCUCACAGCCGACGUUGCUGACCUGGUGAGGCAGGUGGCCGGGGAGGCAGUCAUUGAGGUAGGACAUCAGGGGCGAUUUAUCGGAGCACUCCGGAAAUCUGAGCACGACAAGCAAUCGACAGAGGAUAUGCAGCAUCAUGUGCAGGCAAUCGUCGGCGUCCUGCGGGUAAUGCAGUCUCAUGGAGUUGCUAUAGAAGUCAACGGCGUAGGUUGUGGAUGCGUCACCAAAGCCGAGCACCCUGGUGAGCAGGGCAGGGGAGUAGGAGGUGACAUCGUGAAGGGCGGCGGCCAGAUUUGUGGCGGUGACUGCGUUGGGCUGCGCGGCCAUGUACCAUUUGGUAUCUGUGGAAUAAUCGUCGGCGUUGUUGAGCACGGAUUUAACCUGUUGCUUAAGGCGCUCAUACACCCUAUUGUGCGGGAGGCCUGUCAGCCAUACGAGCAUUUGGUGACAACAGAGGCACGCAAGGAUGUCAAAGAGAUUAUAAUUAUUCUGUUCAUUUCGCUUAACGGCGGAGCAUUUUCCGAGGUGUCCAUUUUGGUCGGCGUGCUGCACCAUCUCAGUGAGCAAUUCAUGGACGUUCUUACCCUUCAUGUCGUCGGAGUUCUGCAGCUCCGCGUCGUUUUGGCCUUCGUCGGUGGACACUUUGAAUCCGCGGCUGGCAAGGAAAUCGCCGAGUUUACUGCCUGA